CCGGGCCGAAUCUCUGCAGUGGUCUCGGUUGGACAGGACAAUCUGAGUGUCUUUGCGCUUAAACUGGGACAAAAAGUGAAAACGGUCGUAGGUUUCGAGGAGACAACAUACCAUUAAAACUAAAGGAUUACAAACAUGACAAGCCGAACAACUACAACUACAUCUUCUUAUCAAAGGAUGUUCGGUGGGCAGCGACCCGCGAUAUCCCGUUCCACUUAUUCGAAUCGCCAGUACAGCAGCCCGGUGCGUACAACAACAUCCAGGGUCACCUACCGCAGCGCCUCUUCCGCGCCUCCAUCCAUGUACAUGUCCAAGGGUGCAAGAGUGCGCAGCAGCGCGCCCAUGCCAAGGCUCUCCACCGAUACUUUGGAUUUCGGGCUCGCUGAAGCCAUGAACACCGAGUUUAAAGAAACCCGCACCAAUGAGAAGGCUGAGUUGCAGCAUCUGAAUGACAGAUUCGCAAAUUACAUAGAUAAAGUAAGACUCCUGGAGCAGCAGAACAAGAUCUUGAUCGCGGAGCUCGAGCAGCUGAGAGGGAAAGGCUUGUCCAGGGUUGGGGAUCUGUACGAGGAUGAGAUGAGAGAAUUGAGACGGCAAGUGGACCAGCUCACCAACGAGAAGGCAAGGGUGGAAAUGGACCGGGACAAUCUGGGAGAUGAUAUAGACCACCUAAAACAAAAACUUCAAGAAGAGAUGCUUCAGAAGGAGGAUGCUGAACACACCCUGCAGGGUUUCAGAAAGGAUGUUGAUAAUGCCUCCCUUGCUCGUCUGGACUUGGAGAGAAAAGUGGAGUCCUUGCAAGAGGAGAUUGCUUUCUUGAGGAAACUUCAUGAUGAGGAACUUGCAGAGAUGCAGAUUCAGAUCCAGGAACAACAUGUGCAGAUUGAUAUGGAAGUGGCCAAACCUGACCUCACCGCUGCCCUAAAGGACGUUCGCCAGCAAUACGAGACUCUGGCCGCCAGGAACGUCCAAGAGUCCGAAGAAUGGUACAAAUCCAAGUUUGCUGACCUGUCAGAAGCUGCUGCCCGUAACAACGACGCGAUUCGUCUGGCCAAGCAGGAAGCCAAUGACUACCGCCGUCAGCUUCAAUCACUCACCUGUGACUUAGAAUCUCUCAAAGGAAUGAAUGAGUCACUGGAACGUCAGAUGAGAGAGAUGGAGGAGAACUUUUCCAUCGAAGCAUCUGGUUACCAGGACAACAUUUUGCGUCUAGAGGAGGACAGCCGUAACAUGAAGGAUGAGAUGGCACAUCAUCUACGUGAAUACCAAGAUCUGCUGAAUGUUAAGAUGGCCUUGGAUAUUGAGAUCGCCACCUACAGGAAGCUGCUGGAGGGAGAGGAAAGCAGGAUCACCACACCUUUUCCCAACAUCACGUCAUUCACCCAACGAGAGUCCAUGAAGGAAACCAGACCUUUGAUUGACAACCUGACUAAGAAAGUGGUGAUAAAGACCAUCGAGACAAGAGAUGGACAUAUAAUUAAAGAGUCCAGCCAAAAUCAGGGUGAUCUGGAAUGAACUGCAUCUGAACCUGUGACCAGUAGGGGCACUAGAGAGCUGAAGAAGGUGGCACUGAACUAGGACAUGAACUUUCUUUUUGUUGUGUCUGUUAGAAGAAAAAAAAAAAUAAGAAAGAAAAACAGCUUUAAAGUGCCUUUUUUUUUUUGCAUUGCCACACUAGAGAGGACUGUUAAUAGAUCAGUAUUAGAGCUGAGAAGACACUGUAGUUAAGA